AUGAAGACACUGUUAGCUUUUAUACUGGUACUGGCCAUCAUCGAUAAUGUCUUUUCUAUAUACGUUACGAACACAAAUGUCACUCAACCGAAGAAGAAAAAUCGCGAUGAUCCAGCAGUUUGGACGGAGGACGAAGUUUGGGGUCCCAUCCUGGAGGACUACGCACUUACCAGUCAUCGGGAGAAACGCGUCCUGAGAUACUCGACUCCUUAUCCGGCCCAAUAUAUAACUAUCGAACGAGCUGAUAAAUAUGUGGAUGAAGGAAAGGAAGGAAAAGUGUCACCAGGAAAGAUCGUGACACGACCAAGUAAUGUUCCGCAAAAGAAACAGCCCGGAAAGCAAGUUUCCGAAACCGAUUUAUAUCUGCUUGGGGCGAUCGAGAAAUUGGUAUACAGAGUGGACUUCAUGGAAAAACGGUUGAGGAGGGUCGAAGAGAUGCUGUAUUAUGUUAUGGCUGGAAACAGGAUUGAUCAAGAACCUUGCGCCGCGAAUUUCACCAGAGCCGGAUCGAAUUGCUACUAUUUCGCCAGUUAUGCAGGAAGAGAAAUGGAUUGGAAGGCGGCGAAUAAACAUUGCCAUAAAUUGGGUGCAGUUCUUGUCGAGAUGGAGACCAUGCAGGAAAAACAAGACAUAGUAGCUUAUAUUCAAAGCAAUUCAUAUUUACAAGGUAAAGACUUUUGGACUGGUGGUUUGAAUCCUGGACUUUUAUGGAUUUGGAGCGGAAGCGCAAAGGCCGUGAUUACGAACAAAAAGGAUGAGAAUUUGAAACCCAAUGAACUUCCAUCAGUAAAUAUACAUGGGGAAGGAAGAUGUCUGAGAUUGGCUUAUGAUCCUGCACUUCGAUCAUAUGUGUAUAAAGGAACUGAUUGCUCGGUGCGUUUCAACUAUAUUUGCGAGUUGCCGGAGAGCACUUCUACUAAUGAAAUCAAAAGGAUUGGAAGAGAAAGGAAGUUAUUUAUAGAGGAUGAGCUCUGAACGAGAUGGAAUUGAUUUGCA